AUGGGCGUGUUUGCGAAAGUCGAGUGGACGGCAAGUCGAAAUGAGAGAACAAGAAAGAGAUUUUUGGAAGUAGAUACAUUAGAUGAAAAUGAUUUGAAACAUGAUGAUAAGAUUUCCAAAAAAAUCUGUCAAAGCACCAAUGAACUACUACUAACUCCCGCCUUGGACGAUGGCAACAAUGGCAAAAAAGAGAUCGGCGAAUUAAAUUCCGAGAUAUCAUCUAUCUAUGAGGACGAAGAUGAAGAAAAUUCUUUAGAUGACAGUUCUGAAGAAGAAGAUACAGUCGAACUUGCAGAUGUGUCAUUUAAUUCUUUUGUUGGUUCAAAAACUUAUAACAAAAAUUACAAUUGGAAAUUAAAAAAUAAUGAAAGCGUAAGGGGUCGGCCUAUAAAUAUGACAAAAGAAGCGAUUGAAGAAGCAAGAAAAACUGAAAAGUAG